UGCGCGCUAUUGUCGUAUAUGGUUAUACACCUCUACAUGUGUUUUGCAUUAUUUUGCAUGUUUUUAUACAUCACGACGUUGUUUCCUCUCGUGUCUCGUAAUACCUCUUUUUCGAUAAAUCGCGGAAAUUAAUAUCCCUCGGAAGGAUUGUCCGUGGAAUAUUCUGAUCCUCGCGAGGCAGCUGCGAAAUAUCGUCGAAUUGAUGAACGAGAUGAGAAACAAUCGCGAGCUACGCCGGUGGACACUUUGUUUUGCGACAACUGUCAUCCUUCGGUAAACACACGUGAUUACGAAAGAGAGUCAAGGAGGAGAUAUUCACGAUGAACGAGAACGAAAAUACGAAGAAGCAACUUACACACAACACACAUCCGAAUCUUUCGAAUGAGAACCUGUUCCAUGCUGUGUAUGUUCCACCAGAAUACAAAGAUUGGCCAGAUGAAAAUGAAGUCUUUCAUAUUUAUCCAGACAUGCAAUCUGCUUUAAAAGUUAUACAAACUUACAAGAAGGGUCGUUUGAAAAUCUUUAAAAAUUAUUUUGAUGCUGUGGGAUAUGUAAAGACUGGAUAUGAACAACCUUCUGGCAAUUUUUCUACAAUUUCUACUAGUGUGUCGCAAGAAAAAUCUAGUAAUUUUAAAGCACCAGAAACGCAGGAGCUUCAGGCCUUUAAAAGAUUAAUUAAGGAUGGGGAUUUGGAAUGUGUGAAGAAGACUGUAUGGAAAAAUCCGAGAUAUCUAAUCAGUAGUGGAGAUACACCUGCAAUUUUACAGAUGGGUUCUCGUUAUAAUGCUCUGCAUAUAGCAGCAAACAAGAACAAGCCAGAAAUGUGUGAAUUUAUAUUGAAUACUGUUGGAGAUCCUAAGUUUAUGCAAUGGCAUUAUGGGGAAGACGAAUGCAAAACUUAUGUGAACCCUGCACAGAUUAUGCAGGAUUUAUAUUUAAAUACACCUGACAAAGGACUCAAUGAGACUCCGUUACAUUUUGCUGUUAAAUACGGUUAUAAAGACGUAGUUCGGGUUCUCGUCUCUUAUUCUCAAUGCAUUAAAACUUUGCCAAAUAAAUAUAAUCAGCUACCUGUAGAUAUUAUAUGUAGCAGGAAGCAUCAAGAAGAUGAAGAGCUAAAAUGUAAGAUACGUUUGCUGCUGGAAGAUCAGUUUUAUGUACCUGUAUUAAGAGCUGAAGGCAACACCUGUCCACCUGUCAUUGGUGAACCAUUUUCACCGACUAGUCCACUUAGUUUGAAUAGAGAUCCCAUUAGCCCACGUGUAGAAGUAAGGGCGUUUGCAGGUCCAAUGACUAAAUCACAGGCAGUGGAAUUCCGGAAAAAAUGGAAAACACCUCCACGUGUUAUUACCCCUAAGAAAGGACAGGGUGAUGCAUUUAGUAUUGUAAAUAGUCCUAGUUUAGCUCUGAGACUGCAAGAUACAGAAAAAGGGUUGGAACGCGUUGGAAGAGAACUUGCUGAGGAAUGUCAAGUGCCUUGGAAGGAAUACUGGCUAUUUUUACAAGAUUUCGUCGAUUUUCGGAGUGAGGAAGGAUUGGCGAAACUCGAAAGCUAUUUAGAGCAAAGAUUUGAAAAUAAGGAGCCAUUACUUUACUCUAUGAAAAAUCGGACUAAUAAUGCGAAUACAAAUACGUCAUCAAAUUGCCAACAAAUGUCAGAAAAGACAAUUGUUGACAAAGUACAAGAUUUGUGUGAUAAAUUAUGCUCAGGCUUAUUAGAUGCUACAGCUGAUGAAGAAGAAGAUAACACAGAUAGCUCAGAAUAUUUUACACCUCCAUCUUCACCAGAACUCAUUGAGGAUGAUUCUGAUGUUGAUAUGCAGAAUGCUGAAGAAGGUUCUAUAAUAUUUAUUGAAGGGUCUUCACCAACAAAAUUAGAUUAUGCUGUCUAUAAUGCGGUUUUAUCUACCAUUGAUCCUGAUACGUAUCCCUAUAUUUAUCGUUGGCGGCAUGAUAUGCAGCUGGCUAUGCAACGUGAUCCACAUAGAUUUAACAAUAAAAAAUUGCUCAGGAAGAAACUGUUCACCAACAAUUAAAUAAUAAAAGGAAUUACAUCGACAAUCUAGCUGACCUUUCGAUUAUAUAGCAUUGGCUUCUUCCCAGAUUACAACCUUACAUAAUAUAAGGAAAGAAAAUUAGUUCAUCUUGAGUUAGAGCUAAUUAAUGCCAAUGUAAUUAACCAUAGAAAAUCUCAACUAUAUAUUAAGGACGCCCGUAAAAUUGUAUAAACCUUUUUUUAUAUAAUGUUGUUGCAGAAACAGACUCUAUAUUGUAAGUAAAAGUUAAGAGAAGAAGGAUAUAUUUUGAGAUGUUUUUACAAAAGACUUGUAACUUGGAAACUUUCGCGAUUAAACUUUUUAAAACUUAGCGUAUACAUCUUUUUAAUGUUCAUCGUUCUUUGCAGUUACAAUAAAUACUCACUUAUUGACAAA